CAGGCACUUCAAGACUUCCUCAACCCUGGCACCCAGGAGGCAACGCAUCAUCCUGGCAUCUCUUUUGUGGCCACAGAAUCUCCUGUCUGUCCCUCUAACACAUAAAGUCAUACAGCAUGGAAACAGGGCCUUCAGCCCAACUUGUCCAUGUCGACUAUGUGGCCCAGCGAGCUAGUCCCAUCUGCCUAUGUUUGGCCCAUAGCCCUCGAAACCUCUCCUGUCCAUGUACUUACCUACAUGGGUUUUCAAUGUUGCUAAUGUGCCCACCUCAACCACUAUUUCUGGCAGCUUAUUCCAAAUACGCACCACCCUUUGUGUGAAGAAGCUGCCCCUGAUGUCCCUCUUAAACCUCUCACCUCUGAUCUUAAACCUGUGGCCUCUUGUUUUUACCACCCGCCUCCCAGGGGAAAAAGACUAUGUGCUUUCACUCUGUCGAGGCACCUCAUGAUGCAUCAGGUCACCCCUCAAUCUCCGACAUUCCAGGGAAUAAAGUCCCAGGCUACACAACCUCUCCUUGUAACUCAGGCCCCCAAGACCAGGCAACACCCUGGUAAAUCUGUUAUGUAUUCUUUCAAAUCUAGAUAACGUCUUUCCUCCGACAGGGUGACCAAAACUGCUCACAAUACUCCAAGUGCAGCCUCACCAAUGUCCCAUAUAACUGCAACAUAACUUCCCAACUCCUGUACUUAGUGCCCUGACUGAUGAAGGCCAGAAUGCCAAACACCUUCUUCACCACCCUGUCUACCUGUGACGCCGCUUUCAGCGAACUGUGGACUUGCAUUCCCAGGUCCCUCUGUUCCAAAACACUUCCCAGGGCCCAUCCAUUCAGUGUACAAGCCCGACUCUGGUUUGAUCUCCCAAAAGUCAAUACCUCACAUUUAUCUGGAUUGAAAGCCAUUUGCUAAUCCUCAGUCCGCAUACCCAGCUGAUCAACAUCUCCCUGUAAUUUUUCAUAACCUUCUACACUGUCUACAACACCACCUACUUUAGUAUCAUCUGCAAACUUACUAACCGUGCCUUGUACAUUCACAUCCAAAUCGUUUAUAUAAAUUACAAACAAUAAAGGUUCCAACACCGACCUCUGUGGCACAUCACUAGACACAGGCCUCCAGUCUGAGAAACAACCCUCGACCAUUCCCCUCUCCUUUUAUCACUGAGCCAAUUCUGAAUCAGUCUGAUAUCUCCCCGGGUCCCAUGCGAUCUAACCUUCCAGACUAACCUGCCAUCAGCGACCUUGUCAAAGGCCUUGCUAAACUCCAUACAGACAACAUUCACUGCCCAACCCUCAUCUACCCUCUUGGUUAUCACCUCAAAGAACUCCAAGAGAUCUCUCAGACACGACUUCCCAUGCACAAAGCCGUGCUAAUUCUCCCAAAUCAGACCCUGUCUCUCCGUAUGUUGGUAGAUCCUGUCCCUCAGAAUCGCCUCCAACAAUUUACCCACCACCGAUGUCAGACUCACCCGCCUGUAGUUUCCUAGCUUGUUUUUGCUCACUUUUUAAACAAUGGCACCACAUUACUCCAGUCCUCCAGAACCUCACCUGUGGCCAGAGAUGAAGCAGAAAUCUCUGCAAGGACCUCCGCAAUCUCUUCUCCAGCUUCCCACAAGGUCCGAGAAUGCACCAGGUCAGGCCCUGGGGUUUCAUUCACCUUAAUGCACUUUAAGGGCUCCAGUACCUCCUCCCUGCUAAUCUGUAUGUGGUCUAAUGACACCACUCAUAUCCCCCAUUUCCUGAGUUCCAUUGUUUUCUCCACAGUGAAAACUGAAGAGAAAUGUUCAUUAAAAAUCUCGCCCAUUUCCUCUGCUUCCACACACAGACGGCCAUGCUGAUCUUUAAGGGGACCUGUUCUCUUCCUAACCACCCUUUUCCUCUUAAUAUACCUAUAGAAUCUCUUGGGAUUUUGCCUCACCUUGCCUGCCAGAUCCUUCUCCUGUCGUUUUUUUGCCCUCCGAUCUUCUCUCUUAAGUGCACUCCUACACUUCUUGUAGUCAUCAGAGAUUCACAAGGUUCCAAUUGCUGAUACACAGUGGAUGCCUCCCUCAUUUUGUUAACCAGAGCCUCAAUGUUUCUUGUCAACCAGGAUUCCUGCAACCUACCAGCCCUGUCCUUCACCCUAACGGGAACAUCCAAGACCUGAAUUCCUGAUAUCCUACCUCUAAAGCCCUCCCACAUUGCAGACUCUCUGUUCCUUGUGAACAAUCUCGUCCAAUCAACCACUGCAAGAUCCUGCCCGAUGGCUCCAAAAUUUACUCUGCCCCAGUUCAGGACCCUAACCCGUGAACCGGUCGUAUCCAUCUCCAGAGACAGAAAGAGAGAGAGAGAGAGAGACAGAAAGACAGAGAAGAGAGAGAUGGCGAGUGAAAGAGAGAGAUACAGAAAGAGAGCGAAAAAGAGAGGGAGAAGGAGAGACAGAGAGAGAGAAAAACAGAUUCAGAGAGAAGGAGAUAAAGAAAGAGACAGAGAGAGAAAGAGAGGGAAAGAGAGAGAAAGAGACAGAAAAAGAGAGAAUGAGGGAAAGAGAGGAAGUGAAACGGAGAGAGAGAGACAGAGGGCAGAGAGACAAUAGAGAAAAAGAGAGAGUGAAAGAGAAAGGCAGAGAGAGAGAGAUAGAGACAAGGAGAGAGAAAGAGAGGAAGAAAGAGAGUGAGAGAGAAACAGAGUCAGAGAUGAGACAGAGAGGAAGAGAGAGAGCAACAGAGAGAUUUAGAAAGGGAGAGAGAGAGAGACGGGGACAGAGAGAGAAAGAGAGAUAGGUAGAGAGAGAAAAACACAGCAAGAGAAAGAGAUAGGAAGAAAGAGAGGAAGAGAAAGAAGGAGAAAUAGAGAGUGAGAGAGAAACAGAGAGAGGGAGUCAGCGACGGAGAGAAAGAGACAGUGAGACAGAGAGAGCGCAACAGAGAGAGAGAUAGAAAGGGAAGGAGAGGAAGAGGGAGUGAGAGGGAGACAGCGAGAGGGAAAGAGAAUGAGAGAGAGAAAAAGAGAGACGGAGAGAAAGAGAAUGAAAGAGAGGGAAAGAGACAGACAGAGACAGACAGAAAGAGAAAGAGUGAGAGAGACAGAGACGGAAAGAGAGAGACAGAUAGAGGGAGAGAGAUAGAAAGACAGAGAGAGAUAGAUAAAAGAGACACAGAAAGAGAGAGAGAAAGAGUGUAAGAGAGACAGACAAGAGAGAAAGAUAAGCGAGAGAGAGAGAGAGAGAAAGACUCAGAGAGAAAGACAGAGGGACAGAAAGAAAGAGAGAGAGAGAGCAAGAGGCAGAGAUAGAGUGAGUGAGAGAGAAAGAGAAAAAGAGAAAGAGGGACAGUGAAAGAAAGAGAGAGUGAAUCAGGGAAAGAGACAGAGAAAGAGAGGGAGAGAGAGAAAGAGAGACAGAAGAGAGAAAGUGAAAGAGAUAGAAAGAGUGACGGGGGGCAGAGAGAGCGAUAGAGAGUUAGAGAGAGAGUGAGAGCGACAAAGAGAGAGUGAAACAGAGAGAGAGAGAGAGAGAAGGAUCGAGUGUGACGGGGAGACUGGGAGAGGUUCUCCGUGUUACUGAGCGUUGGGCGGGGUUGGCCGGACGGCAGUUCCUGCGCCUUCAGUUCACCGACCGGUGGCGGCACAAACAGCCGCUUCGACGUCUGUGAGUUUCAUCAGAGUUUCAAGAUGCAGCAUUUCCCCUCCAGGAGUGACUCCUAUCUGUUCUGUGCCUACGUUUUUGCCAUUUGUACGGCUGGGACUGGGGCUUCCUCUCCCACUGUGAACGGAACUCUGGGACACUCGGUCUCCUUAACUCCCGGGAUCUGGGUCGCACAGGACGUUGCUCAGGUUGUGUGGAGACGGACAUCACCCAGAACCAGGAUAGUGGAAUACUCAAAGGGGGACAUUUCAUCCUUCGGUUCUGAGGAGUACAAGCAACGGGUAACUCUUCAUCCCAAGAACUUCAGUCUGGAAAUCCGUGAUCUACAGAGAGAGGACACUGGGAAUUAUGAGGUGACUGUUACAGCGAGUUCAGGAGCACAGAGUCUGAAGACAGUCCAGCUGGUGGUGUACGAGCCCGUGUCAGGAACAUACAUCAUGGUUCAGUACACCUCCAAGAACUGCAACCUCAACCUGACCUGCUCUGUGACCUCAGGCGACCCCACCAGCUUCAUGUGGUGGAGGGGAGGAGAAGCUGUGGGAAACGACAGCCCCCAUCACCUCUGGGAACACGGAGAGACGGUAGAGAUUCAUCACACAGCAGAGGUGGAGGGUGUUGUGUACAGGUGUGAGGCCAGGAACCCCGUCAGUAAUGGCACGGCACAGAUCCGGCUGGUGGACGUCUGUAAAUGGAACACACCCGACGGGACUGGGGCUCCCCCUCCCACUGUGAAGGGAACUGUGGGACGUGCAGCCUGGUUAAAUUCUGGGAUUGCCGUCGGAUCAAACAUGGAUGCGGUUGUGUGGAGCCGGACGUCACCCAGAACCAGGAUAGCGCAAUACUCAAAAGGGCACAUUGAAUAUUUUGGUGCUGAGGAGUACAAGGGGCGGAUAACUCUUCAUCCCGGGGACUUCAUUCUGGAAAUCCGUGAUCUACAGAGGGAGGAUGCUGGUGAUUAUGAGAUGACUUCUACAACAGGUUCAGGAGCUCAAAAUAAAAUGACAGUCCGGCUGGAGGUGUACGCUCCAGAUCAGAAAUCGUCAAACACUGGACCGAUCGUUGCCGGCGUUAUAAUCACUGCCAUUGUGAUCAUUGUGGGCAUUGCCCUCUGGGUGAAACGGGAUUCUCUUCGCUCGACGGGAACGGCCGCAGGAGGGGACGUGUCUACAGACCCGGCAGAGAAAGUGGAGUUGAAGAAUACAUCAGACGGGGGUUCAACAUCCUGAGAGGGAAACCCCAGCUCACAGAUACACCCUGAGGGAAACCUCAGCUCACAGAUACCCCCCCUCCCCCCUCCAUCGGGAUAGCGAGCACCUCUCCACAGGCCCAGUCACUGGGGAACGGUGCCCACCUCCGGUGCAGAGGGAGGGUGUCGGUGGUGGGUUUCCCUCCCACUGGAACCGUCCUUGAUCCACUGUCCCGGUGAGGAUGGAACUGCUUUAAACACCAGGGGUUCUGUGGUGACCCGGAUCUGGGACCGUCAGUCCACCGGACCCGCUCUCCCUCCCCCAGCCCCUCCUCCGCUCAUUCCCCCAGCCCAUGUGUCCCUCCCCCAGUCAGUCCACACUCUGAUCACAGGACGUCCUGUCCACUGUUCCCACCUUUGUUCUCUCCCCCCGCCCCUACCCACCCCGACCUGGGUUGUUCCCCUGUCGGCCGUUUUCUCUUCGACAAAUGUGCGCGGCUCCAGCUGAUCAGCUGCAGUCUGCUUCACAAUGUACCGCGGCCCCCCCCAACUUCCUGCUCCCCCCUCCCACAGCCCCUCCCGCGACUUUCCUUCCAGCUCUGGUUCCCCAUUUAAACAUUUACAUCCCAGCGGAAAGUCCCAGAGGUCGGAGCUGAGGGAGGAGCCCAUGGAAAAUCCAGGGAGACCCCACCCAGGGAGUCAGAUGUAGUGAAGGGUCCUGGUCUCGUCCCGAAAUCAAUUUCCCUAUCCGUCCACUGUAAGUAACACAGUGCCACGAGGUCGAUUCGAACAAUGGCGGAAGUGGGAGAAGUUCUGAAUGAGUACUUCUCUUCCGUAUUCACUAGGGAGAGGGGUCUUGAUGAUGCGGAAGGGAGUGCUGGUAGGGGUAAUGUUCUCGAGGUUGUUGAUAUCAAGAGAGAGGAUGUGUUGAAGUUGUUAAAUAAUAUUAAGACAGAUAAAUCUCCGGAGCCUGACGGGAUUUGCCCCAGGCUGCUUCGAGAGGCUAGGGAGGAGAUUGCUGAACCGCUGGUAAGGAUCUUUGAGUCCUCGUUGUCUACAGGGGUGGUGCCGGAGGAUUGGAGGGUUGCGAAUGUUGUCCCCUUGUUCAAAAAAGGUAAUAGGGAUAGGCCAGGGAAUUAUAGACCGGUGAGUCUCACGUCUGUGGUGGGUAAGCUGUUAGAAAGGAUUCUAAGGGAUAGGAUUUAUGAACACCUAGAGAAUCAUGGACUGAUUAGGGACAGCCAGCAUGGCUGUCUUGCCUCACAAGCCUGAUAGAGUUCUUUGAGGAGGUGACCAGGAAGAUUGAUGAGGGCAGUGUGGUGGAUGUGGUUUACAUGGAUUUUAGUCAGGCAUUUGAUAAGGUUCCUCAUGGUAGGCUUCUUCAGAAGGUCCUCAUGGUAGGCUUCUUCAGAAGGUCAGAGGCCAAGGGAUCCAAGGAAGCUUGGCUGUGUGGAUUAGGAAUUGGCUUGCAUGUAGAAAGCAGAGGGUUGUGGUGGAGGGAGUGCCCUCGGAUUGGAAGGCAGUGACUAGUGGUGUCCCACAGGGAUCGGUUCUGGGACCUCUACUUUUUGUGAUAUUUAUAGAUGACUUAGAUGAGGGGGUGGAGGGCUGGGUUAGUAAGUUUGCAGACGACACUAAGAUAGGCGGUGCUGUGGAUAGUGUGGAGGGCUGUCGGAGCUUACAGAGGGAUAUUGAUAGGAUGCAGAGCUGGGCUUACAAGUGGCAGAUGGAGUUCAAUCCGGAGAAGUGUGAGGUGGUACACUUUGGAAGGACAAACUCUAGGGCAGAGAACAGGGUAAACGGCAAGGUACUUGGCAGUGUGGAGGAGCAGAGGGAUCUGGGGGUUCAUAUUCACAGUUCAUUGAAAGUUGCCUCACAGGUGGAAAGAGCAGUUAAGAAGGCCAAUGGGAUGUUGGCUUUCAUAAGUCGCGGGAUUGAGUUUAAGAGCUGCGAGGUUAUGAUGCAGCUUUACAAAACUCUAGUUAGGCCACACUUAGAGUACUGUGUUCAGUUCUGGUCGCCUCAUUAUAGGAAGGAUGUGGAGGCAUUGGAGAGGGUGCAGAGGAGAUUUACCAGGAUGCUGCCUGGAUUGGAGGUUAUUGAAUAUGAGGAGAGGCUUAAGGUGCUAGGGCUUUAUUCACUGGAAAGGAGGAGGAUGAGAGGAGACAUGAUAGAGGUAUAUAAAAUAUUGAGGGGAAUAGAUAGAGUAGACAGUCAGCGCCUCCUUCCCAGGGCACCAAUGCUCAAGACGAGAGGUCAUGGCUUUAAGGUUAUGGGUGGGAGGUUCAGGGGAGAUGUCAGAGGGAGGUUUUUCACCCAGAGAGUGGUUGGUGCAUGGAAUGCACUGCCUGGGGUGGUGGUGGAGGCAGAUACAUUGAACAGGUUCAAGAGCUUGUUGGAUAGGCAUAUGGAGGAACGUGAGAUAGAGGGAUAUGCGGGAGGAAGGGGUUAGGUGGUGUGAGGGUGGUCUGAUGGACGGCAUGACACGGUGGGCCGAAGGGCCUGUUUUGUGCUGGAUGGUUCUAUGGUUCUAUGGUUUAUUAGCAGAGCACCGCUAGGAGAAUUCUCUUCAUCACUCACUAAGAGUCACUUCCUGAGUUCUCCCAGUACAAAGGGGUAGACAGAGAUUUAUACAGGUAUUGUCACACACACUUUAAUGAGUCAGGUGCCAGAGUUCUUGGUUGAGCAGGAAACGGACAAAGGGCUACUGCAGAUGGACAAAGAGCAGCCUCACACCACAGGUUCAGCUCAUCGUUUUGCAAUCGGGUGAGACAAAGGCAGGUAUCACCUUCAUUGUUUGAGACAGCCUUCCUGUUACGGACUCAGUGAAAGUCCCUUUAAGAUAGAGAAUGUGUGUGUUUGUGUGUGUGUGGGGCGUGCUUACGUCAAUAGAAGAUAAAGGACGUAAUGACAUUGUUGAAGAAGUUAGAAGGAGAGAGAGAGAGAAGGGAGAGAGACACCAGCCUGCCUGUUUUCUCUAUCGAUGGAUGAGAAACAAUAACUGUGUCUGCCACUGAAAUCCAUGUAUGGAAGUUGGAAGUAAUCCGGUGGAGUUCACUUUGCUGCUGACUUGUAGAAGGAAACAGGUAUUUGUGUGUGGACGACCACGGUUCGGAUGCUUUUCGGGGUGAGGAAGUCACUACCGAGUAAACCCUGAAGUGUCAUUGGGGUUCCAUCGUGGAACAUUUGGAUUUCGUAUUUACUCUCCCUAUGUUCUCUACACCUACGUCUUAUCUUCAGACAAUGGUGGUUGUUGAAGAAGCCCUUGCUCAUGUUUCACCUUAUGGCUUGUGGAACUGAACUUUAAGAACCAUUCCGGAACUUGGAGUUUGGGACUUUGUCACACACACACACACGAAGAGUUUAGUUUUGGGGUUAACGUUCGAGGUUUAACAUUUUUGAAUUCUAACAUACUAAC